CUGCUCGUAUCCAAUCUUUGACCAACAGUAUCCAGUUUCUUGUGUAUGACCUUAGCGUCAUGGAUGCGAAUAAUACCUUACAGGAAAUCCACGAGGCUCUCUUCCCAGAUAUACACGUGGUUGCUUCUAUGAGUCAUAGGCAUAUGACCGAGUUGAUGAAGAUGGUCGACUCUUUCGAUAUAAAGACAAGGGGAAUGACUGAUUUUCGACAUCAUUCAAAGUGGCUACUUCUUCACGAAGAAGAGAACACCGUUGAUCUGCCGGAGUUCAUUUACUUGGAAAAUGUUGUAGCAGUGCUUCAUCAUUAUAAGUGUUGGAUGCAUAGCGUUCUUACCUUAAAACAUCACCUUCCCCGAAAUGAGUGGGUACCAGUAGCCGCUUGUACCCAAAGAAACAUCAACCUGUGCUAUUUUCCUAAUGCUGCCUAUGGAUAUAACAACAGACGUUUGCUGGUGACUACUCUCGAGGCAUCUGUGUACAUUGUAAAGUCCACCAACAAUGGAACAACGCAGUAUAAAGGAUAUGCAAUAGAUAUUUUAGAUACCAUCGCCGCUGUUCUUAAUUUUAGUUACAGUAUGACUGAACCACAGGAUCAGUCUUGGGGACUUCCUGUCAACGGAACCUAUAAUGGAAUUGUGAGGCAGCUGAACAGAACGGAAGUUGACCUUGCUGCUUGUGGCCUUGCAAUAAAUGAAGGCCGAUCUCAUUACAUGGAAUACAUUUACCCGCCGAUCCGGAAUGAGUACAUUGACGUGGUGUACAAGAGGUAUGAUAAACAACGUACUACUUCCCUGUUCCUUCUGGCGCUACCACUCAGGCCUAUGGUGUGCCUCAUUCUUCUCCUGGUGACAGGAUUAUGUCCACUGUUGUUGGCUGUGUUCGAAAGUGUGGAUUUCGGCUGGAACGAAACAGCUGCAGGCUCUGGCGAUGUGGGCGUUACUUAUGUGAAGAAAGUGAAACAUAAUCUGCUUAGUGCUUGCUGGGAGGUCACCGGAUCUCUGUUCAAGCAGGGUUUUAGUAAAUAUCCUAGAACUCUACCCGGGAAGGUGUUGGUGACGUCAUGGUGGAUGUUGCUGAUGGUGAUGACGACAGUCUACUGUGCCAACCUGGUCGCCGCUUUGUCUGCAGAGACUGAUAUUAAACCUUUCUCUAACCUAGAGGGGCUACUAGACAGUGACUAUUCUGUUGGUACGAGAACUGGUGAUAUGCACAGUCAUACACUAAAGUCAAGUCUUCCAUCAAGUGUCAAUGGAAGGAUUUGGGCCAAGAUAGCUGCCAACGACCCUGUGUUUCUUGCCUCCAAUGUUGAGAGUCAUUUCAAAAGAGUGAGAAGAGAGAAGUAUGCCCUUGUGGAGCAUGCCUCAAUUACAAACCGCCUAAUGUCUGAAGACUGCCAAUUGGAGCUUCUAGGAGAAAGUGUACUGUGGUUACACAUGGCAUUUGGAUUGCCUCAAAGGUCCCCCCUGAAAGCCGACUUCGAGAACGUAAUGUCGCAUCUCACCGCGAGUGGCAUACUAGACGUAAUUUGGGCGAAAUGGACUGUCAAGAGAAACCUGACACAUUGUCCACAAAAACGAAUCUUGAAGUCAAUCACAGUGAACCAGAUUGGAGGUGGUUUCAUCGUCGUGUGUGCUGGGACCGUACUCAGUAUCAUUGUGUUGUGUCUGGAGAAACUGAUACAUUUAAGGCAAAACUGAUUUACUUGUGAAUCAGUAUCAUCAUACGUGUACUACAGAAAAGAUUAGUAUCAUUAUGAAAGUAGCAAACUUUAGACAAAAGUGAUGUUCCUGAUGCAUUAAAAUAACAGAUGAGAAUAAGA